AUGGCAAAUACAUUUAUUUACAAAGAUCGAAUUACUUUUGGUGAAUUUUACCAUUUGUACCUUCAAUUACGAAGUGACAGUGUUUUGUUUCAAGCAUAUACAAGAAUGACAUCAGAAACGUUUGAUUAUAUUUUAGAAAUAAUUACACCGGAAUUUGACCUUCAAACCGCAAAUUUUCAAGAACCUAUUUCAAUAGAAAAAAGAUUGCUUGUGACAAUAAGGUAAGUUUUUACUUGUUUAUAGGUAA